UAUCUCUACAAAAUCCUCGAUCAAAAGCCUCCAACUCCGCUUCCCAGCACUUUGCCCGCCACGCAAUUGGACUCGCAAGACGGCUUCAUUCAUCUCUCCACCGCUUCACAGACCACUAAGACCGCCGACCUCUUCUUCGCCUCGGAGCCCACGCUGUGGAUCCUACAAUUACGCGCCGCAGACCUCGACGGCGAGACACGAUUUCCGCCUGAACUGGGAGGUGGAUGUGCACAUGUUUACGGGAGUGUGCGGGGCUUGGGCGCGGCGAAUGUCGAGGAGGUGAUUGAGGUUGUGAAGGGUGAUGCAGCUCAGUGGGCGGCUGUACCGGCAAUGAGGAAACUC